GUGCUGCCAAGGGGGCGCUACUGGGUGGCUCCAACGGUCCACCGCCCGUGGGAGAGGCAUGGUGGCCGCCUCCAGACAAGCCACCCUUGCUACCGCCACCGAUCUCCCCCCUACUUUCAGGGACAGCCCGCGAGCCGUGCGAGCGCCAUCGCCACCGAGUCCGGCUGGUUUGGCGCGCAGGCGGACGUGGCGAAUGUCAAAGCCCAGCGCGAGUACGCGAACGCCAUGUUCUAUGCCGACGAAGCGGUGGUUGAACACCUUCCCGGAAGCUACCAAAGCGGGCGAAGCUGCGGGCUACCGGGAGGCAGCUGUAGAUUGGGACAAAGUGAACUCAAUGACCCAGAGCCUCAACGAGCUCUUGCGAAAGUCGGAAGCAUUGGACGGUGGCGAUCCGCCCGAAGUGCUCAUGGCCAGGCACCUUCACAACCAGGCGAAAGCUUUGGUGGAUGAGGGUGAGACGCCAUUGGAGCGCUUUGAUUACCUGGAAGAAAAGAAUCAAGAGGCCGAACAAGUCUUCGAUGGAAUCACCUUAGAGGAGCUACACAAAGCCCGAGACGCGUUGCAUGACCAGCAGGACAUGGCGGAGGAGGCAUUGAAGCGCGCUGACCUUCACCAUGACCAGAUGGAAAAGAUCUUGCACGAAUGGAACUCCCGGAGUACGGUGACCAAGCUGCCUCGCGAGAUGACCAAACCCAACGGCGACCCAUGGUGGCCAGACCCAGUUCCACCACCACGCCUGCCUGAUCGCGAGAUCAUGCUAGUCCCAGCUGGUGGAGGGAUCAAGAACUUUUCGCCUCCAGGACGCUAUUUCCUGUAG